AUGAAGCUCUCCCUCGUCGUCCUCACUGCGCUCGUCUCUUCCGCCGCCGCGGGGCCCAUUGCGCGCGGGUACGACGGCAAGAACGGCACUGCCCAUGGCGCCAACACGACCACAUAUGGCGGCGGCAAAGGCUCCGGCAAGGGUGGCCGCGGCGGCUGGCGCAACACCACGAUCCCCGCCAACGAAAUCACGCAGUACUCGCACAUUGCCGCCCUGUCCGCCGGCGUGGCCACCAACGGCACGCUGCUGUCCAACGUGCUGCAGCACGGCGACUUUGGCCUGGGCACGUGGCAGCGCAUCGACGGCGAGAUGGUCGUGCUGGACGGGGUGGCGUACCGCGCGACCGCGGACGGCAAGGUGGCUGUGCCGAACCCGAACACGACGCAGACGCCGUUCGCGGCGGUGACGCGCUUUGUGCCCGAGAGCCACGGUACCGGCGCCAUCGCCAACUUCUCCGACUUCACGGCACGCCUGCCAAGCUGGUACACCAAGGGUAACCUCACCAACCACUUCGCGAGCUACCGCCUCGACGGGGUGUGGAACCUGCGUAUCCGCGCCCCCGGCGGCCAGAACGCCACGCUCGAGCCUAUCGCUGCUGUCGUCGCUAGGCAGACAGAGUUCAACCACACCAACAUCAGCGGCACGAUGGUCGGCUUCCGCACGCCCAAGUACGCGGCCGAGAUCAACGCCGCCGGCGACCACCUCCACUUUGUGUCUGACGACCGCACCGUCGCGGGCCACGUGCUCGAGUUUGCCAGUGUCGGCAACGUUACCAUCCAGGUUGCGAAGGUGCUGCGGUACGCGGUUGAGGUGCCCAUCUUUGACGAGUACGAGGAGGCUGUGUUUGCAUAG